UAAUUUAAUAGGGUUCUAAGCUCUUAUCUAUCCAUCUACCAAGAAAGUAGAAACCAAAGAAAAUGAAAGAGAAUAAAAAAUAAAGGAGAUAUUUACACUAACAAUCUGUGAAAAUCUACAGUGAACCCUUACAUUAAACUUGCACCCUUAGAGAGAGAGAGAGAGAGUAAGAGAGAUUGCAGCUUUUGCAUUCAAAAUACCGGAAAAAGAAGCAAUUUUUGAUAGUUCCUUUGUGAGCAAAGUUGCAGCCGGUGAGCUGUUUAAGAACUCAGCUGCCUGCUUAUCUGAUCAUCAUUUGGCAUUAACACUCAGGACGUGAUAAUGGCUGUUUGUGGUUCAAGAACUUCUCAUAUUGGUCAUUUUGUUGGUAAUAUCACUGCUAGGCGCUUGCAAUAUGGUUUGUCAAUGAACUGCACUGUUUCUUACAACAAAAGAGGCUUUGACAAAGUUAGAAAAAUCAACAUGAGUUUGAGAAAUAAAGGACAUCCCAACAAUAUGCUUUUCCAAUACUUCACGACUCAUGUUACAAAGAGGUGGGCCGAUCCCAAAUCAUACAUAGGAUUUGGAUCAGAAGGUUUACACAACUUAUCCCCUGCGUGUAUCUCUUCUGGAACUGCUUCUGUUCCUGGUGUGUCUUCGGAUAAUGCUAAGGGCGAGGAGCAAGUUGCUAAUACUGCUGCUGAUUCUUCUGAAGCAAAGAUCCCCUUGAAGCUUAAUUCAGGAUCUUUUUACCUGCCUCAUCCUGCUAAAGCAAAGACUGGUGGAGAGGAUGCUCAUUUUAUGUGUACCCUUACACAAGCUAUCGGUGUAGCUGAUGGUGUUGGUGGAUGGGCUGAUCUUGGUAUUGAUGCUGGGCUGUAUGCCCGCGAGUUAAUGUCUAACUCUUUAGCUGCAAUUCAGGAGGAACCAAAAGGCUCCAUAGACCUAAUCAGGGCACUGGAUAAAGCUUACGUGAAAACAAAAGCAAAAGGUUCUUCUACUGCUUGUAUUGUUGCACUCACCGAGGAGGGUCUUUAUGCAGUUAAUUUAGGAGAUAGCGGAUUUAUGUUGGUUAGACAUGGAUAUGCCGCAUUUAAAUCCCCUGCACAACAACAUGGUUUUAAUUUUCCUUAUCAACUAGACUGCAAUAAUGCUGGCGAUUCACCUAGCUCGGCCAUGGUGUUUAAAAUUGCUGUUGCACCUGGAGAUGUCUUAAUUGCUGGUACAGAUGGGCUUUUUGAUAACUUGUAUGACGAAGAUAUCAAAGGAGUUGUACUUCAGUCCGUAGAAGCUGGCUUAGGGCCUCAAAUGACUGCUCGGAGGAUAGCAGAACUGGCACAAAAAAGAGCAAUGGAUCCUAUUAAGUCGUCGCCUUUCUCUGAUGGAGCUCAAGAGGCUGGUUUUGAGUACCAUGGUGGGAAGUUGGACGACAUAACUGUAGUUGUUUCUUACAUAAUGAAUAAUGAAAAUUCAUAACAUGCUGGAAUUUGGGAGACAUGGAGAACUGGAAUUACCAGCUUGGUUUAUAGCUUAUAGUUUGAAGCACGAUCAGCAGCUGAUGGAGAUUCGGACACUUAUAGUACCAAAAAUCAGAGGCAUCAGUUAGAAUAUUUUGCGUUUUGAUUUGUUUGGAGAACAAAUGAAAAGAAUGAGAGCUCUUGAGCCCCAUAUUGGGUCUAGCUGAGGUUUAACCUCUCAGUUUCACCCAAAGUGUUUUUACUUUUUGAGAUUCAAACAACAUCUUAGAAUUUAUCUGAGGAAUGAUUUUCUUCUGUAUAAUUUACUUAGCUGAGGCUUUACUUGGUAAAAGUUUAGUGUUGACAUUAAAUUAAUAUCUACAUGCAGACAAUUAUGCUCUC